AUGGGCGCGCUCCCGGAAGCGCUGCUGGCGCGACUGGCGAAGCGAGGGAUCGCGGUGCCGAGCGACGGCGACGGCGACGGCGACGGCGACGACGACGACGCGACGACGAAGCGACGACGCGAGGACGAGGACGAGGACGAGGACGAGGAUGGGACGGGAACGGACGUCGACGCGAAGCUGCCGCGAGGGUGGAGAGCGAAAGUCGAUCCGACGUACGGACAGACGUAUUACUACAACAAAGCGCUGAAUAAGACGCAGUGGGAACGACCUGUGGAGGCGGAGAAGACGAGACCGCCGCCGCCGCCGCCGCCGGCGGCGACGCCGUUGCCGCCGGGAUGGCGAGCGACGACGGAUCCGGCGAGUGGAAGAGAAUAUUUCUUUAAUCCACACACGCAGAGAACGUCUUGGGAGCGACCGCGCGACGGUGCGACGGCGGUGGGGAUGCGAAGGUGCUCGGGGUGCGGCGGAUUCGGGCGCGGACUCGUGAAGGCGCACGGUUACUGUUUACACUGCUCGCGAAUUUUGGGUCGGUAUCCUCCGGGCGUGAGUUCAUUGGACGUCGUCGAUAACCCAUUCAUGACGAAACAACAGCGAGCGAAAGCAUCGACCGCGACGGGCACGGCGCGAGUCGAGACGAAGGCUUCCGCCGUGAGCAAACCGGCGAGCGUGCGGCGAGACAUCGGUCCGUCGGGCGCGCAGGGCAACUCGAAUCAUGAACGUGCACCGAAAAGGAAAGCUAUCGCUGCGCGCGCGCCGGCGAGGAAAGAAUCUGAGCCGCUCGAUCCAAUGGAUCCAGCUUCAUAUAGCGACGCGCCGCGAGGUACUUGGGGAACGGGGAUUGACAAGAGCCGAGAGGCGCAAUAG